ACCAGAAAAUCUAAAUUUUUGCUAAUAAGAGCGGAAAAAAAAUGCGAGCACAGGUGUUGCCCCUGACGACGUUAACGGCGUUCUGUCGACGCUAUUGUGCGCCACGUGCGUGCCACUUCUUAACCUUCGCUCGUCAUCAUCUCCACCACCGAUCUUCUCGCUGUUGUACUCUCAGCCUCUCCCAGAGCUCUCACGACAACGAUCUCUCUCGCCUCUUGUCCGGCUUUCACUGCCCUUUGUUCCGCAUGGAGCAUUCUGUGGCGCGGGGUGACUCGGCAAGGAACAAAGCGAUGGUGGAGAAUUUGCGACGUUAUGGUGUGAUAAUGUCGAACAGAGUUGCUGAAGUUAUGGAGGCUUUGGAUAGAGGUCACUUUGUACCAGAUGAUGGUUCCUCGGCUUAUGUUGACACUCCUUUGCCAAUAGGUUAUAAUGCCACAAUUUCUGCCCCGCAUAUGCAUGCAACAUGCCUUCAGCUCCUUGAAGAUAAGCUGCAGCCAGGGAUGCGUGCUUUGGAUGUCGGCUCAGGUUCUUCUACGAGGACCGGGUACUUGACUGCCUGCUUUGCUUUGAUGGUCGGACCAGAGGGUCGGGCUGUUGGCGUGGAACAUAUCUCGGAACUGGUUGAUGUAUCUGUCAAGAAUAUAAGUAAGAGUGCUGUGGCUCCCUUGCUGAAGAAAGGAUCUCUAUCUGUACACGCUGGCGAUGGAAGAAAAGGUUGGCCCAACUUUGCACCGUACGACGCAAUACACGUAGGAGCAGCAGCUGCAGAAAUCCCGCAGGCCCUUCUGGACCAGCUUAAGCCCGGUGGUCGAAUGGUGAUUCCAGUCGGAACCUAUUUUCAGGACUUGAAGGUAUUUGACAAAAACGAGGAUGGUUCCACUAGUGUGCAUACCGAAACAUCGGUUAGGUACGUUCCCCUCACAAGCCGUGACGAGCAGCUCGGGGGAUAUUGAGAAGUUCACAACGUAAGUUAAUAAUGGUGUUGUAUAUAUGUAUGUGAGUACGUAGGUGUUUGCACAUCCAAAGACGUUUAAAUUAUGUCGCAUAAAUGGUGUCUUUUUGUCUACGUAAAAAACCGCUGUUCUGGUAAUAAUCAAAGUGAAGAUGAAUCUUUUUGUAUAUAUGUAUGUAAAUGUUUCUUGUA